AUGCCGGAGCCCAACGUUUCGCCUCUCUUCAACCACGCUAAGGCCGAUAUCAUCCUUCGCUCGAGCGACGGCGUCGAGUUCCGGCUUCACAAGAUCAUCCUCGAAAUGGCAUCACCCAUCUUCUGCGACAUGUUCACGCUCCCGCAAGAGGCCUCACAGAGCGACCGUGCACAGGUUGUCGACGUGACGGAGACCGCCAGAACUCUCGAAGACCUGCUGCCCUUCUGCUACCCUAUGGAACGCUCGGAGUUCCUCCAGCUUAGCCGCCUCCGUGCAGUCCUCCACGCCGCGAUGAAGUACGAUAUGGCGUUUCUAGUGAAGAUACUGAAGCGCAACCUCACCCUUUUCCUACCCUCCGAGCCCCUCCGCGUGUACGCCAUUGCGUGCUUGAUAGAGGAUCGCGACCUCGCGUGCGCGGCAGCGAAGCGGCUGCUCAACUUCUCCUUCCCUGGGUUCGCGUUCCCUCCGAAUCCCCCGCCCGAAUUCGACAUACUACCCUGCACGGCUCUCCAGAACGUCCACAUCUAUCGAGAGCAAUGCGCAGAAGCGGCACGCGCAGUCUUCCUCGGCCACAAGUGGAUGUGUUCCGAAGCGCGCGGACGCACGAUCUCGGUAUCGAAGAAAGGGAACGCGAAUUUGUCGCAAACGUGGGCGUGGCUGGCGUGCGAUUCGGCCUCUUGUGCCAAAAUCGCGUUCCCGUUGGAUGUUCACGGGCAGCGGCGGUGCACCGUCUACCCAUGGGCUUGGUGGCGAACGUACAGCGACUCUGCGGCAAAGGAAUUGUCACUCCGGCCUUUGGGCGAAACUCUUACUCGGGCUGAGUUGACGGAGACAGCCAUCGCGGAGGCGGCCAAAUGCAGAACCUGCGGGCCCAAGGCGGCGGAGGACCUGAUGGAGUAUAUUCAUGCGAUGGUGAAGAGAAUCGAUGAGGCUAUCUCCAAGAUCGAGAUCACGCUCUCGUUCGUGAAGGGCGGCGGCAAAGGAGAUGCAGCCUGA